UAAGCGAGGUGGCUGCAUGUGGUGGCGCGGACCCAGCGCCCGGGCUGGGAGGAGAGGAAGAGGCAGCCGCUCUGCUUGCCGCUUGUCCCCGGCUCCCGCUCCACGGCACCGGGCUCCCCUCCGCCAACCGCCCGCUCCGAGCUGCCCCUCGGCCGCUCGCCGAUACCUGCAGCAUGGACUCGGACUCCGGGGAGCUCAGCGAAGGCGAGCUGGUCUCACCGGCAGGUCCCGAUUGUUUCAGUUCCAAGAAUCUCGCACUGCAAGCCCAGAAAAAGAUCCUGAGUAAAAUGGCAAGCAAAACCAUGGCUAACAUGCUAAUCGAUGACACAAGCAGUGAAAUCUUUGAUGAGCUGUACAAAGUAACAAAGGAACAUACAAGAAACAAAAAGGAAGCCCAUAAAAUUAUGAAAGACCUGAUUAAAGUGGCAAUAAAAAUUGGGAUCCUCUAUCGAAAUAACCAGUUCAACCAAGACGAGAUGGAAAUCGUAGACAAGUUCAGGAAGAAGCUGAACCAAACUGCCAUGACAAUUGUCAGUUUCUAUGAGGUAGAAUACACUUUUGACAGAAAUGUUCUUGCAGAACUUCUGAACGAAUGUAAAGACCUUGUGCAUGAACUGGUAGAUCGACACUUGACACCGAGAUCCCACGGGCGCAUCAACCACGUCUUCAACCACUUCGCGGAUGUGGAGUUUCUAACCGCCCUGUACAGUCUCGACGGGGAUUGUCGGCCGUACCUCAAAAAGAUCUGUGAUGGCAUCAACAAACUACUCGAUGAGAAGAUCCUUUGAAACUACGCUCAAGACCAAGAAACCAACCAAAAAAAUUCUCUCUAGAACUGGCCACCCUUCAUGAGCCAUGGUGAGCAAGCGAGCUUCCUUCCCACUAGUCUCUUACUACAGUCUGCAGAAGGGGCCAGAAAGUGCUCACCAGGCUCAUGAUGAAGUGGAAAAUUUAAAUCAGAAAGCUCUCCAUUUUAACGUUCUGUUCAGAUAAUUCAGUCUUUGCCGAGGAGCUGAGUGAACAAGGCUGCUGAUAUAUAUUGUUCAGAAACAGAUUACUGUACACCAUGAUCUGACUAGCUUUGUGUUCAAGGCUGAACGUGUGAAAAGAAAGUAACCUCAAAUGCAUGGCUAUGUAAAAAUAGACAAGUGAAGGCAAAAGAGCAACGCAUGGAAUUUACCCCCAGGCCUUUGGUGCAUAUGUUUUUAUUGUUUCCACAGUAACCAAGAAAGCUUAGACAGAAAGUAGGGCUGUAAUGGAUUAGGCAUUAAUAGGAGAAGGCACCUCUGAUUUCAUAUGGUAUUUAAGUCUAAAAGGGAAUAACAAAUCAUACAAACCAAGAAGAAGUGGAAGACUAUCUAAAGAACUGCUCUAUGAAGCAAUAUUUUCAUUAGAAGGUUUUGCUUUGUACCUGUUAAAAACAGAGAGAAGGCUUCUUUUUAAUUUUGAAAAGCGGCUCAGUGGUUCAGGCUCACAGAUAACUAGAUAACAGUACAUCAGUUUCCCCACUCUCAGGGUUUGUGUAUUUGCUAAGAUCAGAUGAGCUUUGGCUGAAGGUUGUGCUGCUCUUUGUGCUCUUACUGUUUUGCCUGGCAGAACAAAAUAUUCUUUGCGAAGACUUUGAAAUCUCACUUGUGAAGAGGAAGAAGAGUGAGACACCAACAGAACGACGUUUACAACCCCUACCCGCAAAAUACUGAACCUAGAGAAAACUCUCAGUUUAACGUAUCCAUGAUGCUAAUUUGUGCCUACAGUAGAACAGAGGAAUGAUAUAAAAAGGAACUCCACACUGACACCGUUUGUAGGGCCAUGCAAGUGUAGCAUAUCCACAGUAGUGUUAAGAGAACAGCCUUAGUGACUCUGGCGAGCUUCAUGAACGAUUUGUUGUUCACAAUGUUUUCAAUGACUUUUAAAAAAAAAGAAUAUACCAAUGUCUUCAAACUGAAAAUAUUUUGCCAAUAAAUAUUGGCUUCUGCACAGUUUUGUUAGGAUGAAGGGAGAACAGGAGCAGAUCAGAUGCACCAGCUUGCCACUUGCAGCUGAGUAGGUGCUGACUGACCCCAAGUAAAGGAAAGUAAGUUUGGAAAUCUCUCCUCUCUUUGCUCUCUGCAUCUUAUCCUCCAGACUCAUCUCCAUCUCGUGACAUUUCAGUACCAGGUACCAUCUCCAUUUAGCUGACAAAGAUAGCAGACAGUCCCAUUAUCUGGAGAUAACACCUCCCCUAUCACAUACAUUGUAAUACAGAGAUGCACAGAGUUGAAAAUUGACAGACAAGAGAAAGUAUUUGAAAGCCACUCCUCUAAGGAAAACUUGCAGUGUUGAUCACUCAUUACUUUAGGAUACGAAAAUGUAUGUUUCUCAUUUACACUUUUAAAUACUGUGGUAGUAGGAGAAAAACAAACCUGUUCAAAAUGUUAUUAUUCUUCUGUCUUUCCUCAGCCCAGAGUAACUAUAUUUUCUCUCUUGCAAUAACCACUUUGACUGUCACACCUUUACACGGUUGAGAGCACACACACCCAGACCACUUGGGCUGUGCUCGCUAGAUUUUUAUCUGUUCCCAGGAGAACUCAUUUUGGAACAGCACAGGACAUUAGCAGAGCAGUUCAGAACAACGUAAAACUUUCCGCACAUAUUCCUGUUAACCAUAAAAAGUAUAUUUAGUAGCGACAAAGGUAGAUUAUUCCUUUGCAACACAGCACAGUAAUGAACAGUUGGGAUUGCAAGUUCAGUCAGUUGCAGAGCCCUAUUUACAUACACCAUUAGCUGCAUCUUUUCCAAGCACGUACUUGUCAGCUGAUGCUUUUGAACAGUAUUUAUUGUAUCCAACAAUCCUGUCUCAGUGCACACAUGUCAGAUUUUGCGUGUUUGUUUCACUUGUGGCAAACAAAUUUAGAGUUCUUUUUUUAAAGCCAGAAAAAGGGACACUAUACAACACUGAAGAUGUCCAAAGGAAAGGGAUAUCCUGUAUCUGUGACUGUGUAUUGCAAGUAUCAAUAUUCAGAUUCUGGUAUUUUAGACACACCAGCUGAACAUCUGUUGUUUUAUUUAUAAAUGAGUAGCCUUAAGGAAAGAGAAUGUUUUCAAGUAUUUCUCAUUCUUGCAUAUCCUGUAUAUUCAUUGUUUACUUUUGUACUUGUAGCUCGAUAUGUAACAACACUGCUAAAAUGUGGGCAAUGUUGGGGUCACCCUAAGUAUAUGUUGUAUUAUCACAUUUGUGGAUUAAAAAUGUGUGAU